AUGCUGAUCACCGCAGCCGAUCCGAAGUUCUCCGAUGAGCUGUUCAGCCGUUUCUCCGAUUACUUCCACCUACGUCGCGCUGUUGCUUACUGGAGAAGAUACUUCCGUAUCCUAAAAGCUGUAUCCAAGAAGCAGAAGCCCGAGCGUCCCGAAAUUCUCACUGCUGCCGAGCUGCGUGACGCUGAGAUCGCUCUGUGCCGUGUAGCCCAGCGAGACAUGUUUGCAGAAGAUGCUGCCGAUCUGGUCUCCAAAGAACGAGUAUCACCGUCGUCGCCGCUGAAGUGGCUCAACCCGAUCCUGCACGGUGACGGACUCAUUCGAGUCGGCGGAAGACUCAGCAAUGCUGCAGUUCCCGAUGAAGUAAAGCACCCGAUCGUGCUGUUGGCGAAGCAUUCGCUUUCCAUCCUGUUGGCGAAAUCGUAA